GGUGUCAGCUGCAGAUGCCAAAGCUGCACACUUACAAGAUUGUGAAGAACAGCAGUUGAAAAAGAUGUGGCUACAAGAAGAACGGCAAAUAUCUGCUCAGGCGAGUUUUUAGCAUCCGAAACAACCGAACUUCUCUUGUCUUUGAUCCAGCACAAAGACGUACAGGAACCGUAUACUUCGCAUCACAGGCAACGACUUGUGAAUGGCAUGCUACUAUACAAUCCAGCCAUCAUGAUUCGAGAUGAUUGUCAAUAUGGUUUUCUUUGCGAUCAUUGCUGGGACAACAUCAAAUCUCACAAAACUCCGUUAUUUUCCCUUGCUAAUAAUCUUUGGAUCGGAGAUGUUCCUGAUGAACUUGGGAUGUUGACUCUUCCGGAGCGUAUUUUGGUGGCCUUAUCAUAUCCUGCAGCAUACAUCGUCAAGCUUUUCCCGAAAAAGCGUGGGGCUGUUCAUUGGGAUGCAGCCGGUUUAAACAGCGGCUUGCGUGGAAAUGUAUCUACAUACCGACUCAACACAUCGUCCAUUGCAGCUAUGGUUGAAGGUGAAUUGCUCCCACCUAAACCGUCUAUAUUGGCGACAACUAUUGGUGUAUCCAUUGUCGGUCCCAAUAAUUUGCCGGAACGUUGCCUACCACCUUUCUUGUCUGUGAGCCGCUCUCAUCUGCGCAAUGCGUUGCUUUUCCUCAAACGCGAAAAUACACUGUAUUCCAACAUCACGAUCUCGGAAGACAACAUUGCGCUGUAUCCUACACACGGCAUUCCGGAUGUCAUCAUGUCUUCAAUUCGACAUCUCCAAGAUACAGCCGCUGUGGAUGGUGAGCGGGAGGAUUAUGUACCAGAAGAUGAUGUUCAAGACAUUUUCGCCGAACAUGACCAUGCUUUUCCAAGUGGCCAGCAUGUUGACGAAGAUUCGAUCGUUGAUGAAAACGUUCCAUCCAAUGUAUUUCCAGUCCAGUCGCACGGAGUACUUGAUAGUAAUGUAUCAGAAGUUGAUGAUGAUGAGAUUUUGGCUCAUGCGAUAGCCAAUAUAUCGGAACAUUAUUCCAUUCAGCGUGGCACAACCUUUGUCAAUGAAUAUCCUCGACGAGAUGUUAACCAUACAUUGAGACGGAGUGGACAUCGACGCUUCGCUGGACAAUCUAUACGUCAAUUACUGGGUGUGGCAGCACAACAGAGACGACUGCACUGCAACACGAUGACACCUUCGACGAACAUUUACGACAGUACCGAACUCUACUAUGACACUGAACAACCAGUACACACUGUUUCUCGAGAAGCCGAGAAACAAUAUUCCUACAAAUCGUGUUCUAGCACGAAUGGGAAGCCUAAGCGGAGACCACGAUACUGUUAAAGGUAGUAUGCUCAUCAUGAAACAAACGCGGGCGGACGGAAACGCCAUGAUGAACAUAUCAAAAGACGAGAUUGUAUUGAUCAACUAUCUAGUU